AUGAAUGUUCAAAUUAGUGUUGAAGAACAAUUGAAUGAAACACUUCAAAAGUUCUGGGAUUUGGAGUCCAUUGGUGUCAGACUUGCUGAAAGUUCAAUUUCUACUACUCAUGCAGAAGAUGUGGUCUUGAAGAAGUUUAAAGAGACACUAACAUACAAUGAUGGUCGCUAUGAAGUAUCCUUACCAUGGAAGGAAGAUUGCAUUUCAUUGAAAGAUAAUUACCGGCAAGCGGAAAGUAGGUUGUACAAUCUAGAAAAGAAGCUGCUCCAUGAGCCAGUGAAAGCUGCAUCGUACAGAGAAGCGAUUAACAAGUAUGUUGAGAACGGUGUUGCUGAAGAAGUACCUUGUGAUGAAAUUACACCAACAGAUGGGCGUCCGGUGUUCUAUCUCCCUCAUCAUGCGAUCAUCAGGGAAGACAAGCAGACAACCAAGACAAGAGUUGUGUUUGAUGCAUCAGCGAAAGAUAGCAAUGGUGUCUCUCUGAACAGCUGCUUAGAGCCAGGCCCAGCAUUACAGCCAGAUUUGGUCGGAAUUCUUCUGCGUUUUCGAAAGAAUUAUGUUGGUAUCAUGGGUGACAUAGAGAAGAUGUUCUUGCAGAUUCGGUUAAAAGAAGAAGACAGAGAUUCACACCGGUAUCUGUGGAGAGAUUUGGACCCCAAGGCCACGCCUAAGAUUUACAGAAUGACAAGGGUCACAUUUGGAGUUGUUUCCAGUCCGUUUCUUGCCAUUGGCACUAUUCAAGAGCAUGUGAAAAGGUGUAAAGAAACAUUCCCUGUUGCAUCAAAUGAAAUCUUGAGGAACACUUAUGUUGAUGACUUUGCUUCAGGGAGAGACAAUGUGCAGGAAACGCUGAAAUUACAGCGAAGUGCUACUGAGCUUAUGCAGAAAGCUGCCUUUAAUUUGACAAAAUGGUCAAGCAAUUCAUCUGAGCUUAUGGAGGCCAUACCAGAGAGGGACAGAGCAGCAGUUAGUCUUGUCAGCCUGGAAAGUGAUCUAGCAGAAGCACAUCCAAUCACAAAAGCAUUAGGAUUAAAGUGGAAUACACUUACUGACAACCUUGUCUUUACAAUUGAUGUGGACAUUGUUAAGUCGAGAUCAAAGACAGUGUACACUAAAAGAAAGGUGGCGUCUUUAGCAGCAAAGAUAUUUGAUCCGAUUGGUCUAAUCGCACCCUUUUCAGUGAGGUCAAAAUUAAUUCUUCAAAGCUUGUGGACCAAGGGUGUUGGAUGGGAUGAGGAAAUUCCCAUGGAAGUCUCAUCGAAAUGGAAUCAGUGGGUUCAAGAGAUUUCUGAACUUGGACACCUUCAAAUUUCUAGAUGUUACACUGAUUUGCCAUUAGGUCAGAACCCCAAAGUAGAGCUACACGCAUUUGGUGAUGCGUCAGAAGUUGCUUAUGCCUCUGCAGUUUAUCUGAGAGUUGUUUGUGAAGAUGGAAGGGUAUCUACCAGUCUUGUGAUGUCCAAGACCCGAGUGGCUCCUGUAAGGAAGAUUACCCUACCGCGCUUAGAGUUGAUGGCUGCUGUAAUUACUGCUAGACUUUGCACCUAUGUCAAAGGUGCAAUAGAUUGUCCCAUUAGCCGCAUUGUUUGUUGGACAGACAAUUCUUCAACGUUACACUGGAUUAGAGGAGCAGCCUCACAGUGGAAACCAUUUGUUGCUAAUCGUGUUAUUGAAAUUCAGUCGUUGCUGGAUCCCAGUGUUUGGAGGUAUUGUCCAGGACCGCAGAACCCAGCUGAUCUACCUACCCGAGGUUUAUCUGCAAGUCAGUUACGAGAGAGUCAUUUGUGGUGGAAAGGACCCUCUUGGUUGCAAGAGUCCGAAAAAGAUUGGCCCGAGGAUUUAAGGUCAAAACCCUCCAGUGAAAUUGUUAACCCAGAGAGGAAGAGUAAAGCUAGUGUCAGUUGUGUUGUGCAACCCAAAGAGCCGUUUAUUGACUUCACAAGAUUCAGCAAGUAUAGUCGCUUGCUAAGAACUGUUGCUUGGAUCAGAAGAUUCGUUAGCAACUCAAGAGUGAAAGAAGAGGAAAGAAUUGACAGCCCUUUAACUGGUUUAGAGAUACAAAAUGCAGAAGAAUGGUUGAUAUCUCAUGUACAAGAAGCAGGUUUUCCUGAAGAAAUUGCGUCAUGUAAACAGCAUGGUCCAGUGAAGGACAGCAACCUUGCCAAUUUAAACCCGUUUAUGUGUCCGACUAGUCAUUUUCUUCGUGUUGGAGGAAGAAUUCACAAGUCACUGUUGCCAGAAGAGGAGAAACAUCCUAUUAUCCUGCCUUCUAACCAUCCUGUUGUUAAGUUGUUAAUUGAUGAUAUUCACAGCCGUGAACUACAUGCUGGAGUUGAACACACUUUGUCACUUUUGCGACAGAGAUUUUGGGUGAUCAAGGGACGAUCGACCGUCCGUCAGACACUAAGGAACUGUCUAAUUUGUCGCCAUUACCAAACAAAACCCUUUGGUCAGCAGAUGGCACCACUUCCUGAAGACAGAAUUAAGCCUGCACCACCGUUCACUAACGAAGUGGUGCCAUCUGCUGACCAAAGGGUUUUGUUUGGUAAUGGCGACAAAUUAGACAGUUCCUUAGUGUCUGACGGACGGUCGAUCGUCCCUUGA